UUUACUACAGUCUGUUGAAUUCAUGUUAAUGUGGAUUUAAAGACAUUUCAAUUAGUAGGAAAAAUUGCAGGAGGGAAUAUAAAAAAAGUCUAAUCAACCCAAACUUUCACGACCCCCGUGCAGUCUCUCCGCGUACCCCCUAGGGGUCACAGACCCCUGUUGAAGACCUCCACUCUAGGGGCAUCAAUUAGUGAAAUGUUGUCCGAAAAACAAUCUUCUAGAAAGGCCAAUUUGGUAAUUCUACAACAGAAAGCUUCAAAAGUGAGAUGGUGAAAUGAUCAUAGCCUGGUAGAAACACUGAGUUUCAGAGUUCCCCUCACUUUCCGCUGCAGGGCAUUUCAGUCUUGGUUAGUACAAAAUAUGAUAGAAGUGACUGAAUGUUCGUUUAUUGAAAAACUGCCCUUUCAGGCUUAUAGUUGGUAUCAAACGUCCAACAGUAGGCAACCCAAUUUAUUACCAAAUAAAUUAGAUGUUUAACAAAAGAAAACCACAAAAGUUUGACUUGAUAAAAGAUUGGUUCAAUGUGUCACUCCUCAGGAGGUUCCAUUUAAAAAGAUGUAAUAAAAUAACAAAAACUAUAAUGGUACAAAUGUAGAAGGGGUAAAAUGACCAGACUCUGGCUGUAAAACUCACCUUUCCCUCACUAUCCUCAGCAGGGCUGACUGAUCUAGGGAAGAACAGAUGGAUUUUUCUAAUUUAUCUUAUUUAUUUAAGAUAGUUUGGCUUUUCUUUAAAAAAGACUAAGCUUAGAUGAUGACUGUUAGAAGGUUAGAGUUGAUAAACGUCUUUGAACGGUAGCCAAAUGACGAACUACCAUCUUCAUGAACUUGCCUCCAGACAUAUGGCAUUGCGGAAUCUCUGUUGACAGCCAGACGCUUCAGUCAGUCAGAGGUCAGAUUCCUCACAUCAAAGCCCCUUCACUGACCAGCAGCUGUCUCUAGGCUUACUGUACCUCAUGCCAAUUUCUCUGUACAUCAUAUAUUAUCUAACACAUUAAUAGACACAAAUUUCCACUCCGUCUUUAAACGACUCUAGACUUCUGACAGGACUGGUUCCCUGAAAUGUUGCAACACAGAGACUAGACAAACAAGAACGAGCAUGUUUUGAUCAGUCACGUCGUUAACGUCUCCCAGCAAGAGUCCAAAGAGGCAGCAUGUUUCACCAUAUUAGACAUGAUUUCACUCAAAUCAAUACUUUCCAGCAUUAGUUCAUCAGGCACGUGUUCAUGAAUGUAAACCAAACUUUUUCAGCAAAUCUACCAACCUUUCAGUCAUACUGAAGAUACACAGUAAAUAUUUUGAGAUAGACAGGAUGUUGUUUGAGUUUUUUCAAAGAUCAUUAACAAGAUAUUUAUUUACUACUGUAGCAAUGUCUGAUCAUAUGUACCAGAGGAAGAUAGAGAGCGUGUAAAAGAUAAGUAGCAGCUCCUUUACAACCCUCAACAGGAUGAAUAGAAUAUGAAUGAAUGGGUAGAUAAUGAGCUGCUGUUGACUCACUUAUCAAUCAUUUUAUGACCGCUUUGUGCAGUGCACUGGAACUAGGCACAGCUCGACAAUCUAUGUCAGUUUGAAUAGAUAUGCACUGCUUACAAUUGCUUUGUUAAAGGAAAUUCCACUUCCAACCAAGUGAUCAUGGCAGAGAUCAGAAGGUUAAUCCUUCUUCCUACUAUUCAAGAAUCUGAAGAGUGAUGGGUAAUCCCUAUAGAUUUUAAUCCCUUGUCUCGAAUAUGGCAGCUGAUUUCUACAGUCCCCCAUCCCCUCUCGGGGAAUCUCUUCUGGGCAGUCCGCUGUGUGGAGACCUGAUAGGAAAUCUUCCAGACUUUUCUCAGUCAAUCGAAGAUGACUCACUGGGAUUCGAUUUCCCAGAGUAUCAAACCACUGGUUCUGGAUCCAGCGUCUCCAUCACAUUGGAUACAUUGACUCCGGCCUCCAGUCCAUUGUCUGGGGUGUGUGGAGGGUUGCUUUGUCCAGAUGAGGGUCCAAGCCCCCUUAACGUUGAGUGCAGGGUGUGCUCAGACAAAGCUUCAGGCUUUCAUUAUGGAGUGCAUGCAUGUGAGGGCUGCAAGGGUUUCUUUAGGAGGACCAUCAGACUAAAGCUGGAAUACGAUAAGUGUGACCGCAACUGUAAAGUCCUGAAGAAGAAUCGGAACAAAUGCCAGUACUGCAGGUUCCAAAAGUGUCUGUCUGUGGGGAUGUCCCAUAAUGCCAUCCGGUUUGGUCGCAUGCCCCAAGCAGAGAAGAUGAAGCUCAAGGAGGAAAGUAAGGUUGUUGAAACAAAAGUAGAAGACGCCAUCAAGGACGACCAUAAGAUUCUGGUCAGACAGAUCCAUGAAGCCUACCUCAAGAACUUCAACAUGAACAAGGCAAAAGCGCGGCUUAUACUAACUGGAAAAACCAGCAAGCCGCCUUUGAUCAUUCAUGACAUGGAGACAUUUCAGCUUGCUGAGAAGACGUUAGCGGUCCACAUGGUGAGGACUGAGUCUGCGGAGUCCAACAGAGACCUUCAAGCUGGGCAGAUCAUCCCAGCCAUGGUGUAUAAGGAGCUCCAGCAGAGGGAGGCUGAGGCCAGGCUCUUCUACUGCUGCCAGAGCACGUCGGUGGAGACGGUCACCGAGCUCACAGAGUUCGCUAAGGCCAUACCAGACUUUCAAAGCUUGGAUCUGAAUGAUCAGGUGACUCUCUUGAAAUAUGCGGUUUAUGAAGCCCUUUUUACCCUUCUGGCCUCAUGUAUGAACAAAGAUGGCCUCCUCGUUGCACGUGGUGGAGGCUUCAUCACCCGCGAAUUCCUCAAAGGCCUCCGCCGGCCUUUCAGUGACAUGAUGGAGCCAAAGUUCCAGUUUGCCACUCGCUUCAACUCUCUAGAUCUGGAUGACAGCGACCUGGCGCUCUUUGUUGCAGCUAUUAUCUGUUGUGGAGAUCGUCCAGGACUUGUGGAUGUACCUUUGGUGGAGCAGCUGCAGGAGAGCAUCAUCCAGGCUCUACGGCUCCACCUGCUGGCUAACCAUCCAGAUGACGCUUUCCUCUUCCCCAGACUGCUGCAGAAGCUGGCUGACCUUCGGGAGCUUGUAACAGAGCAUGCACAGCUGGUUCAGGACAUCAGGACAACAGAGGACACUUCUCUGCACCCACUCCUGCAGGAAAUCUACAGAGACAUGUACUGA